UGCAGAGCCUAUCUCAAUAGUGCGUUAAUUUAGUAAUCUUUCCUUAAUUAUACAUCCAUCACAACGCAUCUGUUUAUAUUGCGGAAUCUUUCCCAAACCCAUAUUUUUCUUCCUUUGUUACUUGCUAAUUGGUUUCACAAAUGAUCAAUCAUCAAUGGGACCGGUUUCAUGUAACUGAAUAAUGUGAGAUAUACUCCAUCUCUAUAUUUACAUGUAUAGCAGUUUAGAGAGGGAGAAACUCUACAUUCAAGCUCUAGUACACCUAAGAGUUCCGCCUCUUAAACUUUCACAUACUCCCCGUCUUUGCCUUCCAAUAUUAAUAUGGCAUCUUCCUCAGACUCUGAAAUAUUGUCUUCUGUAAAGAAGUACCCAUAUCCAGAAGAGGUUAACGUGAGGCGUUUUGUUAAAGUCAUUCUCUCUAAACAAAACUACUUUGUGUGGAGAAAGAAGAUGCUUCUUUUUUUUAAGCGGCAAGGUUUGGUUGGUUUCAUCAAUGGUGAAGUUGUGGCACCACCGGAAAAGAUCACAAUACCAAAUGACGAUGAUGUUAACUCUCCCAAGGGCACAAAGGAGAUCGAGGACCAGGAUUACGAGGACUGGAAAAGAUCGGAUGAAUUGUUACAAAGAUGGAUAAGAGCGACGAUUAGUGAAGAAGUUCUUCCGCAUGUGGUGUGCUUGAAAACUGCUCAAGAUAUGUGGUCAAAGUUAAUUACCCUGCAUGAAACAAAAAUAGAGUACCCACACCCAGCAGAGAUCAACGUGAGGGAUUUUGUUCAAAUCAAGCUCUCUAAAUUAGAUAACUAUUUUAGGUGGAAGUCAUUGAUGCUUGGUCUUAUUGAGAAUCAAGGCAUGUUUGGUUUCAUAAGCGGUGAGGUUUCAGCACCACCUGAAACGAUCAGAGUACCAGUUGAUGAUGAUGACGAUAGCUUCUACUUUCGCACGAAGGAGAUAGAGAACCAGGAUUAUCAGGACUGGAAAAGAUCCGACGAGCUCUUGCAAAGAUGGAUAAAGCAAACCAUCAAUGAAGAUGUUCUUCCAAGUGUUGAGUGCUGGAAAACUGCUAAAGAUAUUUGGUCACAGUUGGUUAUCCUGGGUGAGAGAAAAAUGGAGUACCCAAUAGAUAUCAAUGUCACGGACAUUGUUCCCAUCAAGCUCUCUAGUAGUACCGAUAACUACUCCAGUUGGAAAACACUGAUGCUUCAUUUUAUUGAGAGUCAGGGCAUGCUUGGUUUCAUCAAUGGAGAGGCUUCAAAACAAACACUUUCUGAUGACAACAGCAGCAGCAAUGAUGAAUGGAGAAAAUCAGACGAGAAGUUGCAAAGAUGGAUCAAGGAAACGAUCAAUGUAGACAUCCGGCGAGACUUGGUACUGCUUGAAACAUCAAAAGAUAUAUGGGAAAGGUUAAUUAUCAUGCAUGAAACUAAUAUGGUGUACCCAUACCCAAUAGAGGUGAACGCGUGUGACUUUGUUCCCUUCAAGCUUUCCUAUGGCAACUAUCGUGAGUGGAGAUGUCUGAUGGUUCGUCUUAUUGCGAAUCAAGGAUUGAUUGGUUUCAUUUUUCCACAACAUCAUCAUAUCCCAAGAAUAGAUUCCUUGGCGUGGAAAAGAACAGAUGCGUUGUUGCAAAGUUGGAUAAUAAGGACAAUCAAUGAAAGCUUCCUUCCAAGUGUUUUGGAUUUGCAAUCUGCCAGUGAUAUGUGGACAAAGUUAGACAAAUUGUCCAAUUCUAAAACUCUAAUUGAAUACCCAUACCCAGUAGAGGUUAACGUGGGGGACUAUGUUCCCGUCAAGCUCUCUAGAGAAAACUACUCUUUGUGGGCAAAAUUGAUGCGACGUCUUAUUAAGACACAAGGCCUGAAAGGUUUCAUAACUGGCACAGUUCCUAGACCAGACGAAACAUGGAAGAACGAUAAUAGGCGAGAGGCAUGGAAAAGAACGGACGGCCUACUGCAAAGCUGGAUAAUGGGGACGAUGGAUCAAAAAGAUCUUGUUGCAUGUGUGGUGAACUCGGAAACUGCCCAUGAUAUGUGGAAUAAAUUACAAAAAGUCUUUACUCAAAAGAGUUCCUACAAAAGAAGUGAAACGAUGAAAAACAAAGCCGCCCAAGAUAAAGAUUUAGGCUUUUACCGGCCGCUGCAUAGAGCUACACUGAGAAGUGAAUGGGACAAAGCCAAAGAAUUCUUGGAACAAGAACAAGAUGCAGUCCAUGCGGACAUCACGGGACAGGGGGAAACAAUACUGAUGGUAGCAAUUAGGUCUCAGAAGAGAAACCAUUUUGUUAAGAAUCUAUUGGAUUUUAUGUCAUCAGAUGAGGAUUUGACUGUAACUAAUCACAAAUGCCAGACAAGUCUUCAUUUAGCAGUAUCAUCCGACAACCUUGAGGCAGCAAAGUUGUUAGUGGCCAAGGACCAAAGUCUGCCCAAUGUUAAAGACGAUUACGGGAAUCUACCUCUCCAGCUAGCUGCUUACCUUGGCCACAGAAAUAUGGUCCUUUACUUAAUGGACGUCACCGGAGAUGUCAUUAAUCAUAGGCCAUUUGAGGAUGACGAAGAUGGGGGUGAUGUUGUUAUUGGUUUGAUAUUACAUGGUCUAUACGACAUUGCUCUACUGUUGGUUAAGCGCUAUGGUGCAUUUGCAAGGGAGGAACUGCAGCUCUCUCUAUUGCAAGCAAUUUCUAUGGAAAAUUCUGCAUUUCGAAGUGGAAAAAAAUUCAACUUUGGCCAAAGCUUGAUCUACUUUUAUGUUCCGGCAAAGUUGGAAGAGCCUACAUGGCACUGGAGCGGUGGAGACAUUGAGAAUCCUAUAAAUUGCUGCAUUUAUGAUACAAUGAAGCAAAAGUUGCUCUGCUUAUUUUGGAAAGUGGCUGAAAUGCUAGUGCCAUGGAUCAAGCGAGUUCGAGAGAUAAAAUGGAAAAAUGAGCACGCACUUCAGCUUGUCAAACAACUGUGCAUGGAAUAUGAAAAAUUUGAUUUCUCAGAAGUCGGAGAUAUAAUCAGAGCAUCACUAAUAGCCGCAACAACUUUGGGGAUUCCGGAAGUUGUUAAAGAGAUUAUUUCAGUAUUUCCUGAAACAAUAUAUACCACAAACGAGGAGGAACAAAAUUUAUUUUAUAUUGCAAUUUUGAACCGUCAGAGAAACGUAUUUAAACUCAUUUAUCAACUUUCUGACAAGUCUAUUAUCCAUUCUCUUUUAACAUGGCCUGAUUCAUCGCUCAACACUAGCUUGGAUCUAGUUGCAUGUUUAAAAAGUGAGCAAAGUAGCAAACUCAAAAUUGAUGCAGCUGGUGCAGCUCUACAAAUGCAACUUGAACUACAAUGGUUUAAGGAAGUAGAAAAAAUUUCAAUUUUUUAUGGGAGCAAGUGGGAAAUUGGAAGAAAGACACCUGCCAUGAUAUUUUCUGAGACACAUAGAGACUUGAUGAAAGAAGGAGAGAAAUGGUUAAAAGACACGGCUAACUCAUGCACAAUUGUCGCAGCUCUAGUUGUUACAAUAGUAUUUGCCGCUGUCAUUACAGUACCAGGUGGAAGUGAUAACAUUAACGGCCUUCCAAUUUUUUCCAAAGAUAAAGCAUUUAUAAUCUUUAUCAUAUCCGAUGCGCUAGCUCUUUUUUCAUCUGCUUCCUCUUUGUUAAUGUUCUUGUCAAUUCUCACUUCGCGUUAUGCAGAGAUUGAUUUUCUAUCCACUCUACCCAAAAGAUUAAUUUUUGGUCUCAUAACUCUAUUUGUCUCUAUAGUAUCUAUGAUGAUAGCUUUUGGAGCCACCCUCUACCUUAUUUUUGGACAAAAGAAAUCGUGGAUUCUUACUCCUAUAAGUGUUUUUUCUACUGCACCCGUGAUCUUGUUUGCAUCCUGGCAAUUUCCUCUGCUUUGGGAUAUGAUCAAAUCUACCUAUGGUGAUGGCAUUUUCGGCAAACACAGUGAUGCUUUGCUCUUCUAGAUCAAGUAGACAGAGGAUGUAGUUUAUUUUUCUCUCUCUAUUAGUAUGUAUAAUAAAGUCCUGUUUGUUGUGACAAUUGUUGCUAUGGUAAGAAUUUAAGAGUAUUUGAUUUGACCUUUCCUCUA